UCGGGAGGAGAAGGAGCGAAGCGGGAGGAAUGGAAGGAGGAGGACGGGGAGGAUGACGGAUAGGAGGAGCACCCGAUGCAACAAAGACAAAAGAAUAUGGCUGUGUAUCUCCCCAUGCUCCAGCGGAAGAUUCAUUAUGUUUUGGAUGGAAAGAGGAGAGAGAGGAGGAGAGGCGGGAUGGCGAGGGGGAGGAAGGGAAGGAGGAGGAUGGGGAGGACGACGAACAAGAGGAGCACCGCAUGCAGGAAAGACAAAAAAAUCUGGUCGUGUAUCUCACCAUCGUCCAGCGGAAGAUUCAUUCCAUUUUGCAUGGGAGGAGGGGCGGGAUGACGAGCAGGUGGAGGGGAAGGAGGAGGACGGGGAGGACAAUGAACAGGAAGACAAAAAAUAUGGCCGUGUAUCUCCCCAUGUUCCAGCGGAAGACUCACUCCAUUUUGCACGGGAGGAGGAGUGGGAGGAGGGGCGGGAUGGCGAGCGGGAGGAGGGGAAGGAGGAGGAUGGGGAGGACGACGAACAGGAGGAGAACAAGUGGCACGAGGAGUGCAGGGAGGAGGGGGAAGACAAUGAGUGGGAGAAGGUGGACAAUGAACGGGAGAAAGAGUGGCAGGAGGAGGAGCGCUAUGAGGAGGGGCGGGAGGAGGAGGGGAGGGAGAGGUCGACGAACCGCGAGGAGGAAUGCAAGGAGGGGGAAGACGAUGAGCGGGAGAAGGCGGACGACAAACGGGAGGAGUGGCAGGAGAAGGAGCGCGACGAGGAGGGGGAAGACGACAGGCGGGAGGAGGAGCCGGAGUUUGGAACUAGCACCACCCGCUACAGCAAGGAGCAAGAGGAGAGAGCUGCCGCUAUUCUGCGAGAGAGGAAGGAGAGAAUGGAAAAGAGGGGGUUAAUCAAGCAGGCCAAGAUGCUGGCCCUGUUGGAGGAGCAAGAGGCGAAGAAGAAACAGAUGGAGGAGGAGCUGAAAAAAUGGACGAAGGAGCAGGAGGAGAAGAUGGCAGCUAUUCAAGCGGAGGUGGAAAAAGAAGAAGAAGACGAAAAACAGGUGGAAGAAAAAGUGCCAUUGGUAAGGAGAAGAGGUGAAGCCAGCACACGUAAGGAGGAGAAGAUUGAGAAGACAACAAAAGAAUGGACCGCACACUUGGAGCUCGGGGAAGAUAGGGAGGCAGAGUGGGCGAUACCCCAAGAAGAGAGAGGCGACAAGAAGGGAAUUGGAGACAGAAAGGGAUCCUGUUAGAAGAAGAGCGAAAGAAGAAGAACAACAGAGGGCAUGGAAGUGGUGUUUGUCCCAAUAGAAAGUUAGGCGUUUGGAGGCGGCGGAGCGAGCAGAAAGGGACCUGAAAGCGGCAGAGACUAGGAUGGGGAAGAUCAGGGCUGAGACCGAGUUAGCUACUAAGAUUGAGACCCUGACUCAAAGUGUAGCACAUCACGAGCAAACACAGUACAUCCGCAGCUUAGAUGUAAAGACAGAUAGAAUACGUGCCGGAUUUAAAGAUUUUGCACGUGAUAUGAUGAAGUACUUGGUGGACCAGGUCCACCUGACAAUUAGCAAGACAAAG